GGGAGAAUUGACAUUUCAAAGAUGGCGGCGAGCGCAGCGCAGAAAGUUCAAGAAAUCCGAGAAGUAACUAGAAUAGAGCGUAUUGGUGCACACUCUCACAUACGAGGGCUUGGUCUAGAUGAUGCUUUAGAUGCCAGAAAUGUUUCUCAGGGAAUGGUUGGCCAAGUGACAGCCAGAAGAGCAGCUGGUAUAAUUCUAGAGAUGAUCAAGGAUGGGAAGAUAGCUGGUAGAGCUUGCCUAAUUGCUGGUCAACCUGGCACUGGUAAAACAGCCAUCGCUAUGGGUAUGGCUCAAGCACUGGGACAAGAUACCCCAUUCACUGCAAUGGCUGGAAGUGAAAUAUUCUCCCUUGAGAUGAGCAAGACUGAGGCCCUCACACAAGCUUUCAGGAAAUCUAUAGGAGUUCGGAUCAAAGAAGAGACUGAGAUAAUAGAGGGGGAGGUAGUGGAGAUCCAAAUAGAUAGACCAGCUGCAGGAACAGGUGCCAAAGUAGGAAAGCUUACUCUGAAGACAACAGAAAUGGAAACAAUAUAUGAUCUUGGCCAAAAAAUGAUAGAAUCUCUAACCAAAGAAAAAGUACAAGCAGGAGACAUAAUCACCAUAGACAAAGCCACGGGAAAAAUAACAAGACUUGGUCGAUCUUUCACUAGAGCCAGAGACUACGAUGCCAUGGGUCCCCAAACAAAGUUUGUUCAGUGUCCAGAGGGAGAGCUACAGAAGCGCAAGGAGGUUGUACAUACAGUCAGCUUACAUGAGAUAGAUGUGAUCAACAGUAGAACACAAGGCUUCCUAGCUCUAUUCUCUGGUGACACUGGUGAGAUCAAAUCUGAAGUCAGGGAACAGAUCAAUGCUAAAGUAGCAGAGUGGAGGGAAGAAGGCAAAGCUGAGAUAGUCCCAGGGGUGUUGUUCAUAGAUGAGGUUCACAUGUUAGACAUUGAGUGCUUCUCCUAUUUGAACAGAGCCCUAGAGACUGACAUGGCACCUGUCCUUAUUAUGGCCACCAACAGGGGUAUCACACGGAUCCGUGGUACCAACUACCAAAGUCCCCAUGGUAUCCCUAUAGAUCUACUAGACAGACUGCUCAUCAUUGCAACAACUCCUUAUGAAGAAAAAGAAGUGAAACAGAUUUUAAAAAUAAGAUGUGAGGAGGAAGAUGUUGAGAUGUCAGAUGAUGCCCUUACUGUGUUAACACGUAUUGGCAUGGAAACAUCCCUCAGAUAUUCCAUACAAAUCAUCACCUCUGCUAACUUAGUGUGUAGGAAAAGAAAGGGAGCUGAAGUAAAUGUUGAUGAUAUAAAAAGGGUGUAUGCUCUAUUUCUUGAUGAGUCCCGCUCUACCCAGUUCCUGAAAGAAUACCAACAAGAAUUUAUGUUCAAUGAACUAGGAGGAGAUAAAGAAGAAAUGGACGUCAGUUGAGAGACAGAAAUAGACUGAAAUAUACGUGAAACAGAUCAGUGAAAUAGACACCUAUUAGCAUUCCAGCCAGUUUAAGCACAACUUCACUUACAUAGGACUCCGUUUAUAAGCCUCUUAUAGAAAACCAUGUAGUGUAAAAUGCUAGAUUCAACAUACUUAUUGGAAAUAAAUGUUUAGCUUUUCACAUGAAUCAACCCUAUGGAAUUUCCUACACUACAUAAGUUGUGCUAAGCCAUAAUGUGGCUUUGCAUGAACAUUCUUUUUAUAGGCAUUAAAGAUACAGUAGAGAGUCAUUCAUUGGAAAUGAUAGAUAAAAUGUGGUUUUGUUUGUACCAGACAUGUACCAAGGUUCCUUUGUAUAAAAUCAUCACCAAUUUUUGUGGUCAAAAUAAUAUUUAUUUUAGGGUCAAAAUGUCACUUUCAUUUCCAACCACAAACUACUCCUGAAGUUGUUUUUCAAUUUUUUAAACUAAAUUGUAUAUUUGUCUUAGACUGUGUGUGAUUAUUUUUUGAUUGUAUUAAACCAGUAUCCAGUGUUAUUUUGCUGGAAUCUAGUUGGAUGUGUUUUCGAUUGUAGUGGUAGAGUGAACUUUGCGCUAAAAUCUAGUGGGAUGCACUGAAGUAAAAUUAACUAUAUUUUUUCAUAAUGGAUUUUGUUAUUGUAAUCAAAUAUACCCCAAGUAUGCAAAAUAAAAACAAUAUUACAAUAAAUCAAAUUCACCGUGUUGCUGUAGUUCCUUUCUGAAAACUGGAAGAUGUUUAUUGAAUGCAGGGCCAUGGUGUAAGGGG